GAUAAUGUCGUGAUAACUGCGCUGUCAAUGUAAACAAACCCAAAAGAAAGAAGAAGAGACGCCACUCAAUGUACAAUAAAUAUUUUCCUACAAAAAGCUUUGCAUACUGAUUGAUAGCAGGGACUGUUAUUAGUCAAAAAUGGGUGGGUUCUUCUCCAGUCUUUUUUCUGGCCUGUUUGGCACCAGGGAAAUGAGGAUACUGAUCCUGGGGUUGGAUGGAGCUGGGAAAACCACAAUCCUUUACAGACUUCAAGUUGGGGAGGUCGUCACCACUAUUCCCACCAUUGGUUUCAACGUGGAAACGGUGACAUACAAGAAUCUGAAGUUCCAGGUGUGGGAUCUUGGAGGGCAGACCAGUAUUAGGCCUUACUGGCGCUGCUACUACUCCAACACUGAUGCUGUUAUCUAUGUAGUGGACAGCAGUGACAGGGACAGGAUGGGAAUCUCCAAGUCUGAACUGGUGGCUAUGCUUGAGGAGGAGGAACUGAAGAAGGCUAUACUGGUGGUGUUUGCCAACAAGCAAGACAUGGAGCAGGCCAUGACUCCCACUGAGGUCGCCAAUUCCCUGGGCCUACCAGCACUCAAAGACAGAAAGUGGCAGAUCUUCAAGACCUCCGCCACCAAGGGAACAGGGUUGGAUGAAGCCAUGGAAUGGCUGGUGGAGUCUCUCAAGAGCGGACAGUAACCUCAGCCUAACACCAUGCAAAUAAAUGUGACUUCCCGCCGCAUAUUUAUGCUAAAUUCAUUGUUAGAAUCUUCGUAGGAGCAUUGUUAAAUCUCUGAUGUUUCCCAAAACCAUUGUUACUAAAGUUGCACUUGAACACGCUCAUUAUUUACCGACUGCCUCACCACUCGUAGAACAGUUAAGUGCAUCGUUAUGUUUUUGACCUUCUGUGUCAGUUUAUUUACAGAAGAUCUCUGCUAAACAUAGAAUCAAGAUGUUCAUCUCUCUGAUUAUGACUGCCGAUAACUUCAGAACAAAGUUGACUACAAAUACAAAGUUGCUAAAGUCUUUGCAAUUGUUACAAGCAAGUAAGUGAAGGAUAACAAUAUGCUUCAAAUUAAAACCGAGAACUGCAUUAAAAGAUAAAUAGGCUACAUGGGUCUAUGUAUUUCAACCUAAUUGAAAUCAAUGUCAUGUUCAAUCAAUUGAAUUCUAUUUUGCCAAUUAUUGUCUGUACCUGUAAUUUUUGCCUCAAUAUAUUUUGAUGUGUAACAACAUGUGCGCAAUGAUGUGCUCAAUGUGAUUUUGUGCAUUAUUGGGUAAGCAUUAUAAGUUGCCUCAAUAUUUGCAGCCAACCAUAGGUGGUAAUAUCUUUCUAGGAGCUGAUGCAUCAUCAGGAUUUUGGAAUAUGAUUUGAAAGGAGAAAGUUGAUUUGAGAGGAGCGCUGCUUUUGUUUCGAUCCUAUCAGUGUCAACACAUGGUCUAACAACGCUUUUAGUGAACGUUCAUUCUGCAUGUUGUUUUGAGAAACAGACGUUACAUCUUUGGCCGUUGUAAGAAUGAGGCAUCAUUAAAACACUCCUAAACCAAGUUCCAUGGCUAUCAGGAAACCGGGCCCUUAACUGAGUGGUUUGCCCUGAUGCAGGGGACAUCCUAAAGAUGGACUUUUUUUUUUAUUGCUGUCCCUGAGUCUGAUGUUUUACAUUAGCUUCCAUUUAGUUCCUCUCAAUUCCCCUUUUCUAUUCCUAGUAUAUCGAGCUAGGUGGACUCGUUUUUGAGUGUAUAGUGUGUGUGUGUGUAUAAUAUAUAUAUAUAUAUUUUUAUUUAUUUUUUUUUUUUUUUUAAGUUAUGGAUAUGUGGUUGUCUCUUUUUUUUCUUGUGUGCUCAUUAUUCCAAUACUCAUUAUUGGUCCUGAUAAGUUGGGUUAAUAGAUUUUUAAUAUUUAUUUAUGUACCUUGAUAAUGGCGUUAGUGAUAAUGUAAAUACACAAUUAUUCAUUAAAUAAAUGAACAUCGUAUUUGCAAGUGA